GAAUAGUGAUGAUAGAAAACUUAUAUAUAUAUAUGUGUGUGUGUAUGUGUGAUGUAUAAAAUAUUUUGAAAUUUCAUUAACACUGUAAUGAAACACGAUUGUUAUAACUAUAAUUGGUAAAAUUUGGAACCAAUCUGAAAAUGUAUAUAAGAGUUACAAAAUAUUUAUUGCAAACAUAUAUCUAAUAAAAAAUUAGUACGCAGUAUGAAUAGCCAUCUUAAAUGUAUAAUAAAUGUUAAAGAUGGUCCCAGUUUAAUGAAUAAUUAGCUCUUUGAAUAUUUUUGAUUUGAUUCACAGUAGUUUAAAAAUACAAAAUAUCGUCUUACAGCUUCGUAAACUUUUGACGAAGCCUUCAAAUAGAACUUUUGGUUCAGAGAUAAUAUAUUUUUAUAGUAUUAUAAAUAUAAUUUGGCAACUUUAGAAUACUUUGAGAAUGUAUAAGUAUCUGACAAGUGUAAAGAAAACACGUGUUGUUAAAUGCGCAAUAAUACACAUCACUGGCGCCUUAGAAAAUGCAACCACACUCGCAAGACUGCAAAAGAAUUAUGUUAUCUCGCUGUAAACUCAAAAAAAUUAUUCAUUCUAUGAAUUAAUUGUAAUUUUAUUUUGUAAAAAACUGGGAUUUGAGUAAUUUCUUAACAUUAUCUUUCAUCGAUAUUUUAAAAUAAGAAAAAGUCGGAAAUAACAACAUUCUUCGCAAAUUACAGUCAUCAAUCAAAAAUUAUGCAUUGUCAUUUUUACUACAAUAGAAAUAUCUGCAUGAACAUCCUGUAUAAGAGACAUGACGUUAUAACGUUAAUUGUAUACUUUAAGUUUUUGUCAUGGAUAGAACCGAAAAUAUACCUGCUGGAUCUUAAUUUGACAGUAGUAUAAAACCUGUUUAGCUGUGAAAGUUCGGUGCGUGAAAUAAGAAAAAAUUGCUCCGUCUAUCAUUAUUCUCCUUUUAUUCAGGCCUCAGUCUCGGCUCCGUAAACCUUCCUAGAAACAGUUGACUCAAGAUAAUAUAAAUCUCCAAUCUUAUUUCUCUUACUUAUAAACAUCAUUCUUUUAUCUUCAAAAAAAUUCGAAAAGUAUUUGUAGAAAGAUAUUGAUAAAGAUAUUAAACCUCGCAUAGAAAGUGAAAAUAAUCUAAUCAGGAUUCUUCCAACUCGAUUAGUUCUCGCUAACUUUGAAAUAUAUGCAACCUUACAUCUUUUAAUUACAAACACUAUUUCCUCAUCGACAAAUAAAUAUAUUCAAUAAUCAUUUCUUAAAAUAUAUUUAGAAAUAUAUUGAUCCUUUCGAAAAAAAUAAAAAUAAUCCAAUUAGGUUUUUCCAGCUCGUCUAGUUCACGCUAACUUUGAGCGUACAAUUAUGCAAAUGAGGCCAUGAAUAGAUAAAACUUUUCUUGUAAAUCGUCGAUGGCACAAAUUUACGCACGACUCCUUGAAACCUGUCUUGCAUCGUCGUUCACCUGCUGCACAGAAUACAAAUAAAGAAAUGCAUAGUAACCAUGGAAUAAUUUUGAACUGUGUAAAAUGGUCAAUUGGUAUAAACGACCUUUUAUUUGAAUGAUAUGGAAAUUGAAAAUACAAUUAAUGCACUUCGUAGCCUGAUUGAUAUCAGCUGUCGUUCGUUCACAACUCAAUGACGAUCGUAUCGGUUCGUAUGCGUUUCCUCAAGAAUAGCCUUUCAUAAAUAAAGUUCCCGUCUCAUCCUUCGCCGUGUAGUCAGGAUCGAAAGUGGAUUUUCCACGGUGAUUCUCGGUUGCCUCGCGUUUCUGUGAAUCCACUUUUAUAAUACAUCACUUAUCUGCAUACAAACACGCGAAAAAUAUACGUCGUGCCAUUUGCAAGCAUAAAAUGCACAUCUCAUAUAAUUGAUUCCAACGAAUUUUAAAAUUCCUCUGAAAUAUUUUUUCGUUAUAGGAAAAUUCUAACAGUAAAAUCGAGUACCGUAAGAUUUUCUUGUAUAUUCUUUGAUCGUACCGCGGCUAUAUAUAAAUAUCCAAAGUGAGUUAUAUAAUUAAUUAUCGCUCGAACGAACCAAUAUUUCUAAUUGUAAAUCACUCGAACUAUUUACAUGUACGCCUCUACGUCGAAUAACUUUUAAUUGUGUCAAGGAGAGGAUGAUUGAACAGAAAACAAAUCACCCUGAUGAUCGAAACAAAUAAACUUCCAUUUAAAAAUAAGAUAUAAAAUGAGUGGUCAACUGCGCGCUACGUGACAAUUAAGAGGAGGGAUUUCCCUUUUUGCGGCGUGAUUAAUUACAUUGUUGUGCCGGUGGUACACGGUGGCGUCUCGAUACCUGGCCAGAUACUCCCUCGCUUACCGUAUCACCAUUGCGACGGUAAAAAACAAGCGUCAUUGCCCGUAGUCGCAUCUCUCAGUGGAGACACGUGAGAAAGUAGAGACGUACAAGACACAGAGCGAGCUCACGUAUGUUAAGGCCGUGUAGCCGGUUAUUAUGUAGCCGAUAUGGUUCCGAGGCAAUUAAUACUAUUGUUAUGAUUCAGACGAAUACGUCAUGUGUGCUUGAACGGCGAUGCAACCGCCGCGUUUCGAUUAGUAUGUAUUCGACCAUAGAGACUCGCGGCUGCUUGCUCCCUGGUCCUGCUCGCCCUGCGAAACGAGCACCGCUCCGUUUGCGCAUUAAUGGCUUUCUAAAUAAUGUCUUGGGAAAUGUGUGCGCGCCUGCCACCCGGAACGGAUGUAAUUAACAAAAGAAUCCUAAAUUCGGCGGUGAUCGGGCAACAGAUAUGGAAUGCGGUGGAAGAACUGAAAUGCACGGUAGUCGCGCGGUGAUUGUGUAAAUGUAUGCACGUUGCUGUGACUCAAUCCAUUGGAAAGGAAACAAUGAUAACGAUGGACGUUCGUGAAAACUGUGUAAGGAUUCUUUGACUUGGUUUUGCGACGAGGUGGCAAACAGUAUUUGUAACAGACGAUACGGGGAGUUUAGCGAAACAGGAAACGAAAGAUAAAUAAGAAAUUAUGCCGAACAAUAAUCUAGCUGAAAAAGAGUCUCCAAACAGGAACAGUAUUUUGAUACAGGACGAAAAAACAUCGGGCGAGAGGUAUAGCAAGGGCAACACGGUUUCCAUCCAGAGGAGCACCGAAGAAAUAGCCAGUAAAUCAAGCAAAGCGACUCAGAUUGAUCUCAUCCAAUUGUCUUACGGUACACAAAGAAUCAAGCCGACUUCUCUGGCUUAUUUGCCCAGACAGGCGAGCGAAUCCGGUUAUCCCUGUUACUCCAAGAACUCCUCCUUAUGCCCGUCUCAGAGUGAAUUAGUUCUAUCGCCAAGGAACAGGAAUAGUCGUUAUGUAGCUUUAGAUAUGAGAUCUAUGGGUAGUUUCCCAUUAUCAAAUAGUCAUACCUCGGUAAAUAAUAUGCCAUACACAUGUUGUUGUACGUGUGUGGGGCCACCUGUGCCUCCAACAUCUUCCUCACAGCAGACGGAAGAACAAGAUGGUCCUGAGGGUCUCUCAUGGAGGAGACUUCACAUGAGCAGAGCUAAAUUGAAAGCAACUGCAACAACGUCAGAAUUAUUAAGCGGUUUCGCUAUGGUAGCUAUGGUUGAGCUGCAAAUAAAUGAGCCAACCGCGGUGCCGGAGUGGCUGUUUGUGAUGUUCGCUGUUUGCACAACCGUCUUAGUAUCAGUACACAUCUUUGCUUUAAUGAUAAGCACGUAUUUAUUGCCCAAUAUCGAGGCCAUCAGUAAACUUCAGGUAUCUCGGCUUGUCACGGAAUCUCCUCAUGAGAGAAUGCGCGGCUUCAUCGAGUUGGCUUGGGCAUUUUCUACGGUGUUAGGAUUAUUUCUGUUCUUAGUGGAGGUGGCUAUACUGUGCUGGGUGAAAUUCUGGGAUUACUCGUUCACAGCCGCCACUGCCAGUACGAUUAUAGUUAUCCCGGUCCUUAUAGUGUUCAUUGCCUUCGCCGUUCACUUCUAUCAUUCGUUAGUUGUAUACAAAUGCGAGUCCUCGGUAUCUGAUAUGAACGAGCUGGAGAGCAUCAAGAGAAAUUUAGAUAACGUGACGAUGAGACAGAGCAGCGUAUGACGAUUCUGUAAAAGAUUGCCAUUGACGUUCAUUGAUCGUUGAGUCCUUGCCUCCUAAAAUAUGCCCCAGACUGUACGUUAUUUACUCGCGUUUCAUUCCGUAGUAUCGUAAUUGUACUUAAUGAUAUAUAUCCGAAUACACGUAAACAGUGAUGAAAAAAGAACACACGUAAGUUUAUUCAAUAACUUUACUUAUUUAACGCGAACACGCGCGAGGCGCGAUCGUGUUUUUUUAUUAUAUAUAAAAAUGUACAUAGCUGUACACAUGCAAGUCGAGAAUUGCAACAGUACAAGCAAAGUGCUCUUAUAAGUAUAUUAGCUAUAUUAUUUUAGCAUUUAAUUAUAUUCUAUUUAUGACUUAUAAUUCCCGAUUUCUUCUUUUAAAUGUAUUUUUCUCAUUUACCUUGCUUUUUAUUUCAUACAUCGUAUCACUAAUAUGUAUAUAUAUAAUAUAUAUAAUAUAUGUCAUUUUUUUGUCACUUAGUUUGUGGGAAAACUGAAGGACAGUCGAGUCUGUUAUUUAUGUACAUACUUCCCAUUCUGAAACUUGUUAUCCUAGUCAAAAUAAAUAAUCCAUCAGACUUGAAGACUCUCGUUAAUUAAAACGUGGCUCGUUACGUAAGUUUAUAAAAAAGAAAAAAAUAUAAUUUUACACACCUUUCAUUUUCGCCAUAAACUAAGUUAUAAUCUUAUCGACCGAUAUUUUCUAUAUUGUUAUGCGUUAAAUUCUGUUUGUACAAAAAAAAGCAAUACUAAUUAAAGAAGAGAAUUAAAGCAAGAACAUGAUACAAUCAUUUCCCUAUAUGAAAAAGUAAUUUAUUGAUGCAGCCCUAAUAACGAAAGCAUUGAAACACAUUUUAUUAUUGCAUGAUAUCUCUAUAUAAAGAUAUACAUCAUGGUUUUUUUUCUUUUUAACUAAAAUGUUUAACUAACUACUUAAAUUUGUUGAAACAAAAUUUUAUUCAAUAAAUCGCAUCUUUGAUUACAAAGUGAACGAAAAAUUGAUGAUACAAAAUUAAUGCAUAGAGUUAACAUAAUAUAGUAUGUAUGUACAUUCAAUGAAAUAAAAGAACUCAAAAUAUACAUUAUGAAAACAUUAACCCUAUAUUGAAGAAAAAAAAAAGAAGAAAUAGAAAGAAGAACAAACCAUAAAAUGAGUUUUAAGCUUUCUGAACUUUAAUAGAACGGAGUUAAACGCAUCCAGUUUAUGGAUGAUCUCAAGUCUUCUUCUUUUAUGUUUACAACGGAAGUAGUUAAAAUAUACUUUGUCACUUAUAUCCUUAUAUCUUAUGAGAGAAAUAUGUAGAUAUUUCUUCUGUACGACUCAUCCAAAGAUUACUUCAUCUAGACGAGUAAUGAAUAAGAAUAAAUUGCUUGUGCUAUGGACAGGUAAACGAAUAAAGUAUAGGAAGAAUCACAAUUUUAUACAAAAACUAAUUAGAUUGUAUAAAAAGGAGUAUUUUUAUCAGUGUAAUAUUUAAUAUAUCGUAUAAAUUGCUUAAAUUCCUUUCAUCCACGUUAACACAAGCAAGAGAAAAAAAUAAAAACAAUCACAUAUGCAAAUAAUCUUUUGUUCUUUUUUUUAAAGUUUAGAAUUAUUAGUGUUUGUACAUUAAUCUAUAUUAAUUUAACAUUAAUCUAUUAACCUUAUAAAAGUAAGGACAAAAUACUUAAAAGAAAAAUGAAAUAUCGAAAUUUUUCUAAUGAACAAGAUUACAAGUAUAAUAUUCUUUUCUUUUUUCCUUCGUCCACGUUACAGUUUAGAGUUUACUUUCUAUCUCAAUAUACAGGUGUACAAGAUAUUGUAUUUCUGUACCCAAUGAUAUACUGCACCUAUCAUCAUAUUAUACCAUUCUAGGUGCAAAACAAAUUACAUUACAGAUUAAGAAACGUAUCGCUUUCCUUAAAAUAUUCUUAUCCAUAAAAUAUAUUCACAGACCAAAAUUCAAAUAUACAUAUAUGUAAUUCGUUCGUAAUCUUUAGAAUGUGAUGAAUAAAGUAUUAUAAAAACAAACAGUAAACAACUAACUUUUUUUAGAUUCUAGAUUCCUUCGUAAUCUACGGUAAAUAAUAGGAAUUAUGAAAGCAAUUAAUUUACUUUGUGACACAUUGCGUAAUAUUGUAUUAUAUAUCAUAUUAUGUUAUAUCAUAUCAAUCUAUGGUAUUAUAAAUUGAGAAAAAUUAAACAAAAAAGAUUGAUUAAUUAUAUCUUUUUGAGAGACCUCUAAAUAUGUUGGCUUUCAUACAAUUCUCUCUCUCCUCUCUCCUUCAGUCUUGUUUCUAAAUAAACAUAUAAAGUCUUUCUGGUGCCCAUCCAUAGCAAGAGCUUAGUUAAAACACUCUAUUUUUCCAUCAUAAAUCCUUCUUUCUUAUCACGAAAUAGUCCUUGAAAAUCAAGACACAAAUACGCAAUUUUCUCAUUUUUUUUUUUUUUUUUUUU